GGUCUAGUGAGGUGGUUCGAAAAUCGAAAUCGGAAAAGAUAGUGCGGGAAGCGAACUCUCCCUAGUCCCCACCUGGAAUUGGAAACAUGUCCGCGUCGGAGAUGCAGUUUCGACAAUUGAUAAUGUUUUUACUCUAAUGCUUAUAAUUCGUGUUUGAGCUUUGACAAGUGAGAGAAGCGAAGAAGAUCAAAGAUGAACCAACAGGAUCCUCUGCUAACAGAACCAAAGAGCGGAUCCGAUGCGUCUCGGAUUGCAGAAGUUAAGGAAUGGCUUGCCAAGACAUUCGAAGCCGCCGGCAAACCUGUCCCUGAAUUUGAAUAUACUCCACGAAGUGUCGCUCAUCUGCACAGUUUGCUUACCCUCUCCAAGGCCAAAGAUGAAGCCGCCCGGCUCGUUGCUCGUGAUUUCCGUCAAAAGGCCGCUGAGUACCGAUCCCAAGCUGCUAGGAUCAGAGAGAUAUUGGAGAAUGUGGGAUUGGCCCAAGAGAGUCUUCCUUCAAAUGUGGUAGCAUCAACCCAAGUUCUUGCAAGUGUAGCUAAUUUGUUGAAUAUUAGAGACACUGAACUGAGUAGCUUUCUGGUAGCUUUGGCUGAUAUUUCCUUAAGGAAGACUGGUGUGGAGGAAAAGAGGUCUAAAGUACUGAAGGAGUCCAAGAUCCUUCUUGAUUUUACCAGAAAGGCUAUAGCCAGGCUAACAUAUUUAAAGAGAACACUUGCCCAGUUAGAAGAUGAAGUAACUCCAUGUGAAGUUCAAAUGGAAAACUGGAGAACAAACUUGCAAGUAAUGGCUGCAAAAGAAAGGCAGUACAUGCAACAAUGUGCCAACUACAAGGCGAUGCUUAACCGGGUGGGUUAUUCCCCUGAGAUUAGCCAUGGUGUUUUGGUUGAAAUGGCCGAGCAUAGAAAGGAGUUAGAGAAGAAAACUCAACCAAUCCUUGAUACUCUCCGGAGUUACCAAGACUUACCUCCAGAUAAAGCUUUGGCUGCCUUAGCAAUUGAGGAUAAGAAACGACAGUAUGCUGCUGCUGAGAAGUAUCUUGAAGAUGUACUGCACUCAGCCCUUGCCAGCACUGACAUGCCAUGAUAUGUUUGAUUUUUGGGUACCGGAGUGAAAAGCUAAAAAUGUAUCUAUCAUAUGUUUUUGCGAUAAUCUGAAACUGUGAAAUUAUUUGCUUGCCUUUGUU